AUGGUUUCCAUUACUUGCUCGAAUGAUGUAAUAUUUGUUAUAGGUGGCCGCGAGAAAAAGAAGAUUUGCUUAGUAAAGAUCGGAAGUGACACAAAGAGGAAUUUAAUAUUUAAAAAGUUUAAUGAUAUCGACAAACAUCUGUUUAACAUGAAAGAAAUUUUAUUACAUUCAAAUGCCACGCCUAUACGGAGCAAAGGUGGAACUGGAUAUACAUGCUGCUUCUGCACCAAGCUGUACGAAGAUCCCAGAGAUCUUAAGAAGCAUACUAUUGAAGAUCAUGACCAAGAAACAAAAUCGAAUUUCAUGAAAGGCAAAGAUAUGCACGGGUAUUUUGUGAAACUGGACAUUACUGACUUGCAGUGUAAAUGUGGUGAAACUUUAGACACUUUAGAAAAACUUUUGGAUCACUUAAAACGCGUACAUAGCCCGCGGUUUUUCACAGAUAUUGAGAAUCACAUAUUUCCCUUUAAAUUUAGUGAUAAAACCCUUCGGUGUUGCGUCUGCUUAAACAUUUUCAAUACGUUCAAAGCUAUGCAGGAACAUAUGAACGUCCACUACCGUAACUACAUAUGCGAGGUAUGCAAUGCGGGUUUUGUUAACAAAAAUAUUUUGUCCCGACACUGUGAUGCUCACAAGACUGGCACGUUCACCUGCGAGGAAUGUUCGAAAACAUUUGACACAGCCAGAAAGCGGCUCCUGCAUAUACGAGGAAAGCAUUCUGGGAUUAAAUUGCCGCAUAAGUGCGGUUACUGCAACGAGAGGUUUAAGGAGGUUUUAAAAAAGCACGACCAUAUAGCGAAAGUUCACGGAGUUCUUGGAACGGAAAUACACUGCCAGGCGUGUGAUAAAAAUUUUCGCUCAAAGCGCGCUUGGAGAUUACAUACGACACGGAUUCAUCUAAUGCAAAGGCCGCAUAAAUGCAAGCACUGCGAUAUGGAGUUCUACACGAAACAGGAAUUGGAGAGCCAUAACGUCAAACACACGGGUUCUAGAUCUUUCCAAUGUGAAGUAUGUCUCAAAUUCUUCGGACGACAGAAGACAAUGAAAGAACACAUGAGACGAUUACAUAGUCAGUAA